GUGACCUCAGCGAGUCCCUCUACCACCGAGCUGUGCAGGAACUGGCCUGGAGAGAAACACUGGCUGGCCUCCAGUUUGUUCACAGAUCAGUGGAAGAUAGUGACCUCAGCCAGGGUCAACAGCUUAAAUAGCCUGUCAGGCUGGAAUCCUGCUGAGAGGCGCCUCAGACUCCGCCAUCUUCACUGCUGGCCGAGAAGGAAGCUGCGCUUGUUGAGCGACUUUUGUUCAUCUCCACACAGCUGUCUUCCUUCACUCGCAUCAGAAUUAGUUAUGUCUUUGGUGAAGUACAGAAGGUUGCUGUUGGCGCUGCUUUUGGCAGCAGUAGCUGUUGUUGCUGUCCGAACACAGACCAUGAGCAGCUCAUCUCAGUCUACUCAAGCCUGCCUCAACCCACGAAGCAGUUCGCCGACUACAGGACAACCUCGAAAUAAUGACACGUCCCAACCUGGGAGCACAUCCGAAUGUCCAGGAAUGGACGACACAUUGUUUGGCUAUGACAGCUUGAAGGGGAACCCCCUGGGGUCGGGCUUUGACCCCGGCUUCACCCUCCCCAUAUUCUCUGCCGACUGCAGCUCUUGUCACGUGCCGUCAGCCUGUCGCGUGCCACGGGGCGUGGUUGUGUCACCGGAUGUGUCAUGUGUCACGUCGUUCCAGUCAGAGGUGGUGGAGACGCCGUACCACCUGACCAAGCUGCUGACUCUCACGGCACGACUCACUGGCGGAGGCUGGGGUCCUCCCUUCUCGGCUAACGACGACUUCCGGCAACUGUCGGCAGACCUGGGUCACAACGUCUUGGUCGUGUCCACGGCGGCUUGUAGAACGCACCGUGCCAAACUGCAGUCUAUGGGGUCACCGCCCUUUGACCCUCACUUCAUCAAGUGGAUCAGGAGGUUGAACGCCAGCAACAGCGACGACGUCUUCAACGACUUCCUCUCCACCUACGGCACUCACUUCGUGUCAGGGGUCACUUUUGGGGCUUCGACGUCGUUUGUGUACAAACUGGACGCCGCCUCCUACAAGCGGCUGAUCCCAAGCGAAAGUGACCUAGCCACCGCGUGCAGCAUCAUGUCUUCUCUCAACACCGGCCACAAACCUCAGGGCGUCAAGUCAGAUGAGUCUCCCUGCCGACACGCAGUCAGUGUACCUGUCAUAAAGGGAGUUCCUUUAAGCGGAAGCAGAGAAAGCUGGCUGGCGGAGAUUGGGAAGAAUCCAGUGCCCUUGACCUAUGACCUAACCUCUGUGGAGGCCCUCUUCUCAGACGUCUUCAUGGGUCACGCGCAGACUCUGGGGGACGACGCUAUUGAUUACGUGAGACUGAGAGAUGGCAUCGCACGUGCUAAAGCCAGAUACAGCAAGAUUUUGAUAGAGAGGAGGGUAGAGAGCAAGAGUGACUUCCCUUCGCCUGGACUGACCUUAAACCUUACCCAACUUUCCCCUUUGUCAAAGUCAAAGUUCAAUGGUCCUGCUGCCACGUGCGCCGCCCAGUGCCACCUCGUGACCGGAUGCGUGGCCGUCAGCACUUGCCAGUCGUGCACCGAGAGUGACGUCAAUUAUCUCGCCUGUUACAUGUUCCACGCUGACGUGUCCACCACGGCUGUGCAGGACGACAACUGGCUGACGACGAUCGUGACGAGCAAACUGCGAGCCCCGUUCAUCGUCUUCAAUACAAUGUCUACCGACUCGUCGCUUUCUGCUAUCCUUCGCUCCUCUGUUACCACCGCUCGGGCCUGCUACACCCUGUGCCUGGCCAACGACUUUUGUGCAGCCUUCACCUUUUCUCAGGGUGGCCCCUCAGGUGAGCGCUGCACCCUCCACUCAGACAUGCUGCAGUCCCUGAAGAGAUACCCGGGGACUAAUAUGCACAUCCUGCCCUCCACAGCAAGAAGUCUCUUAAGAAAAGGCGCAAGGGAAGGAUAUCACCUGUCCUCCAUGCCAUCCGACUGGGCCAUUUUGAGCUGUGACAGCAACGAUGAUUGUCAGGAGUUCAACACCGAGUGCUUUAUGGGAAGGUGUGUCUGUAAGCCAGAGUUCUUCUUCUCACCUGCCGACCGCACCUGUCACAGUGCUUGCAGCAUGUCCGACCUUCUAGACACCUUCAUGGAGUACCCGGACAGCGGCAUCCAGGGACGAAACCUGACCUCAGCCAACGGAAUUUCUCUGCAGGAGUGCGUUGACCUUUGCAUCAAGACCAAUGGCUGUCUUUCCUUUGAUUUCAGAGACAAAGGAGGGCGCUGUCAGACACAUGACGUCACUGCAGGUCAGGUGCCACAACUCUGGUAUUCUCAGACCAGCAGGGGUUGGACUCACUACCACAGAGCGUGCCAGGAGUCUGUGAUGCUCUACCCAGGACAAGCGAUGUCGGAUUCCUGCCUUGAUAUCCAGAAGGGCGGCUCUACUUCCGGACACUAUUCUAUUUUCACGAGUAGCGGCAGCACGUUAGACGUCUGGUGUGACAUGGACUCUGGUGGAGGCGGUUGGCUGGUGUUCCAGAGACGUCGUGACGGCUCAGUGAACUUCUACAGGGACUGGAGGGAAUAUGAAAGCGGCUUUGGUGACGUCACUGGGGAGUUCUGGUUGGGUCUGUCCAGGGUUCACCAGCUGACCGCAUCCAGGCCUCGCCGUUUGCGUGUGGACCUCGGCGAUGUGAACGGACAUCGUCACUACGCUGAGUACUCGUCAUUCAGGGUGGACGGUCCUGAGACAAACUACACACUGACCGUGUCCGGCUACUCGGGUAACGCGGGCGACAGCUUGUCUGUUUAUAACAACACGAGCUUCUCAACCUCUGACCGGAGGAAUGACAAGUCUAUACACACCUGUAGUUAUGAUGGUGCCUGGUGGUCCAGCGGGUGUCUCCUCACCAACCUCAACGGCCGCUACCAGUCCGAUGGAGGCGCGAGUCGUGACGGCAUCAACUGGCGCAGCGUCCAUGGCAACAACAGCAACAGCUUCACCUUCGUCGAAAUGAAACUCCAAUAGCUUCACCUGCUUGUCGCCCUCAACUCCCAGCAGUUUACUCACAACCAGUAGACAACAAACAGGAUCGGAGUCGCGUGCAUCGCUGGUCUUGUGCAGUUUUCCUGUCAGUUUUCCUGUCAGGGUUAGAGCUACGGUCAGGGUCAGAGCUACGGUAGUAGUCAGGGUUAGAGCUACGGCAGUGGUCAGGGUUAGAGCUACGGUAGUAGUCAGGGUUAGAGCUACGGUAGUAGUCAGGGUUAGAGCUACGGCAGUAGUCAGGGUUAGAGCUACGGUAGUAGUCAGGGUCAGAGCUACGGCAGUAGUCAGGGUUAGAGCUACGGUAGUAGUCAGGGUCAGAGCUACGGCAGUAGUCAGGGUCAGAGCUACGGCAGUAGUCAGGGUUAGAGCUACGGCAGUAGUCAGGAUCAGAGCUACGGCUGCCGGUAGCUAGUCUUGUCUCACGUGCCAAGGACUGCGCGAUUCUAAGCUUGUGAAGCUUGCAGUGGUCAAGAUAAAUGUCUACUGCGAAUGAAACAAACUUCGGGAUGUUUCAUUAUUAGUUGUAUGCACAGAUAGAUGUUGGACAAGUUUUGAUUUCACAAUAUUUAAGAUAACUACUGCGUUCUCAUAUUUUACAAGUUUGAUCGAGUGAAUCAUUAGUUAUUAAUAAACUAAUUAAGUUUAGUAAUUAUGGUUAAAUCAUUGUAAUCUUUAGUAGGUAACAAUUGAUGAACGAACUUUCUGUAAAUGAAAAUAUGUAUGGCUGUUUUCUGUUCAUGCUUCAUGUGAUGAUUUUUGUCCUCUUAUGUGCAGAGUACCAAAGUACAUGAAACGGUGUUAAAAUUGUCAUUUUAAUAUAUUCCCUUCUUAUGAAUAUGAAAGUUUAUUUGUUUUGUCAACUCUGAUGAAUUCCUUUCACUGCCCAUAGACAUUUACAAAAAUAAAAAUCUUGAAAUUUA